AGUGGUGCAAGUUGAGAUAAUUCAGUUAACAUGAGCGGGAGGGAAGACGGAAAUGCAGUUCCGUCUUUAAGUGCCGGGAGCGUUAGCGGUAGCGGAGUGACGGGCGUGACAGGCGUGACGCGGCGAGGCCGUUGCAAAUGGUUCAAUGUUUCUAAGGGCUGGGGGUUCAUCACCCCUGAUGAUGGCGGUCAGGAUGUCUUCGUUCAUCAGAGUGUCAUCCAGAUGCCUGGCUUUAGAUCGUUGGGAGACGAAGAACUUGUGGAGUUUGAAUGCAAGGAGUCAGAUAAGGGACUGGAAGCAACGCGUGUCUCUGGGCCAUCCGCUGUCGAUUGCCAAGGUUCACAUCGGCGUCCGCUGUCGAAAAAACGAUUCAGAAAGAUACGUUGCUACAACUGUGGCGAAUUCGCAAAUCACAUAGCCGCCAAGUGCAGCAUGGGCCCACAACCAAAGAGAUGCCAUAAUUGCAAGAGCGAGGAUCACCUCAUUGCUGACUGUCCUGUAAAGGUGGAGAAAAGGAAGGAUGACUCGCAAUCGAAGAAUUCAAGCAGCUCCCAGGAAAGCCCGCAGGGUAGCCCUCAGCAGCCGUAACAUUACAAUAUAAUACGUCGUUCAUGUUUGAUUUAAAUUUUUAAAUUUUAUUCAAUUUCUUACUUUCUGGUGGCAUUUAAUAUUUUAUAAAUAAUUUAGGACGAACAGCGGAACAGAUGACGAAAAUCGACGUGAAUAGCGUUCGUAUACUUAAUUUUAAUAACUA